AUGCAGCCAUUGCCAGUAACCAUAUGGUUACCAGGUUCGGGAUCCUUUCAGGGAUGCUUCUGGCGGCGGGGAUGGCUCUCAUCUCCGUUUUCACCCCUUGCUUGUGCCUUAAUCCUUCUCCCUCCACACCCACACCGCUGCUUCCCCACACCCGCACCUCCGCUUCCCCACACCCGCACCUCCGCUUCCCCACACCCGCACCUCCGCUUCCCCACACCCGCGCGCCUUCCUCCACACCACACCCCCACCUCUCCCCCAUACCACCCCCCACCUCCCCACCCCCCCUCCCAUGCAGACGUACACAGUGCCGCCAGAGGCAAACUGCCGCCAGAGGCGAACGUGAGCCAAGUGCUGGAAUGCGGUUACCAGUCGAGCACCGCAACGCUGUUUGGAAUCAUAGGAGGCAUGCUGCUGGCGGCGGGCAUGGCGCUCAUCUCCGUGCUGGGCGGCUGCGUGUGCUGUGUGACCAUCCAGUACGCGCACGGGCAGGCGCUCAAAGUCAGCAUCGUGUGCUACACGCUCGCAUGGGUGGCAUUCUUCCUUGCGGAGAUCUGUCUCAUGUCGGGCGGAUCCCUCAACAACUACCACAAGGAGGUCACCAAUUAUCAAUAUGAUUUUCAGCUGCGCACGUGCUACCAGCUCAAGACGUCCACCUAUAUCGUGGGAGCGGUGAUGUCGAUACUGACGGUGGUGUUCGCAGUGCUGUACUACGGGCAAGCGCAGAAGUCCAAGUACGAGGCGUGGGUGGAGCAGGGCGCUCCCACCCCCCGCCUCUACUCCCUCGAAACCAUGAAGAGCUUCGUCAUCGCCGGCCCUGCCCGUGCCGGCCCUUUGAAAUCGGAAGAUGAUGAUGAGGAUGAGGAUGAUAUGGGGGAUGAGGAGGAAGAGGAGUAUGAUGUGUUUGAUGAGGAAGAGGAGGAUGAUGAUGAUACGCGGCCACUCAACCCGCGCAGGCAUGACGAUGAUGACGACGACAAUGAUGGUAACCGCGCGCAUUGA